UUAUUCAAUCCUUUGACCAGCAAUAAAAUUUGUCUUCACAAGUAGUUUGGUCACAGCCUCAUAAUGUUGUGCGCAAAAUUUGUUGGUGCAGUUGCACUAUUUGGUCUUUUGGUACUUAUAGAAGUGUCACAAGCUUAUAAAACUGUAUGCUAUUAUGACGGCAAAUCUUUUUGGAGGAAAGAUGUCAUUAAAGUGAGUGCUGAAGAACUCAAACCAGCACUUGCUUUUUGUACACAUUUAGUUUACGGUUUUGUUGGUAUCGAUGCAGAUAAAUUUAAGGUUAAAUCAUUAGAUCCUAAACUGGAUUUACCAGAAAGCAAGGAUGUUAAAGGAGGAAAAGGUAAUUUCAAGGCGGUUACAGCACUGAAGAAGGCAUAUCCUAAUUUAUACAUAUUACUUUCUGUCGGUGGAAUGAUGGAUAAUGAAGAUCCUGAUAAAUACCUUGAAGCAUUGGAAAAGCCUAAGUCAAGGACCAACUUUGCUUCUAGUAUCGCAGAAAUGGCAAAACAGAAUGGAUUUGAUGGUGUUGAUUUAGCCUGGCAAUUCCCAGUAGUUAAUGAGAAAAAGGAAAAACAUACUUGGGGGUCUUUCAUUCAUAAAGUUGCUAAAACAGUUGGUAUUACAAGUAAAGACUCAAAGGAAGUCGAACACAAAGAACAGUUCACAGCAUUAGUCCGUGAAGUCAAGGGAGUUUUGAAUGCCAACAAUUGUCCUUAUCUUUCUGUUAGUAUUCUUCCUCAUGUAAAUUCUUCUGUAUAUUUCGAUUUUCCUGGACUUCAAAAGUAUGUUGAUCACUUUAACUUGAUGGUAUACGAUUUUCGUACCCCUGACAGAGUACCUAAACUAGCUGAUUAUACUUCUCCCAUGCAAUUUGUAUAUGCCGAUCGUUUAAAUUGGCAAAACGUUGAAUAUCAAGUAAAUAAAGCUCUUGCUUUGAAGGUAGACAAAUCAAAAUUAGUAUUAGGUAUAGCAACUUAUGGACGUACGUGGAAGAUUGAAAAAGAUAGUACUAAAUCGGGUGCACCUCCAGUAACUGCUGAUGGGCCUGGCCAAGAAGGAACUUACACAAAAACUGAAGGACUUAUGGCAUACUACGAAAUUUGUCCUCACUUAGUUGAUAAUACUGCCGCUACAACGUCUUUAACACUCUACAGGCGUGUACCCGAUUCUAACAAACGUCUCGGUACAUACGCUUUCCGUUUAGCUAAAGACGACGUCAAGGGCAUUUGGAUAAGCUUCGAAGAACCAGAAACUGUUAAACAAAAGGCUCUUUAUAUUAAACAGAAUAAUUUAGGUGGCAUUGCACUCAUGGAUUUGUCAUUAGACGAUGCUAGAGGUAUGUGUGACGCACAAAAAUACCCACUUUUAAAAGCUGCAAGAAGCGUGUUGUAAAUUUAAACAAAAGAACAAUGAAUUUGUUUGUUAAUCACUAUUAUUUUAAAAUAUGUCUAUUUUAAAGUAGGGCACUUAUUUUAUCACGUUGCAUAUAUUUUAUACAAUAAAAAAAAUAUAUUGUUUAUUUUUAAUUGAUGUUUUUUGUUCAGAAAUAAUAAAUGUAAUGAAAUUAUCA